UGUACACGUCUGAGCAUUGAAUACAAAUGACAUCGCUUCACUAGCUAAGUGUAAGCUUAUUUAUUGGUGCGCAAAUACAAGUGUUAGCAUUUUGAUUGCAAAUGACAUCGCUUUACUAGCUGAGUGAAGGCGCAGAACUAAACCCGAAACAGCCUGCUUAGCCAUUUAGAUUGAAUUCUCAGUAGACUAUCUGUCAUCAUUUGUAAAAAUCUUUUUUAGGAGUCUUAGCUGAGCACUUAGUGUGAUACAGCCUGGCUGAAAGGGCGUGGUAACAACAGUGCCUGUAUUGUCCGUACAACAGGUGUACACGUGCGAUGGGCCGACCUUGGUGCAACCAAAGCUUUACCACAUCAAGCCAUGGCACCAUUACUGGCUGUUUUACAAGAGUGGAUAGCAAUAGAUAUUGCUCUUUCGUUGUUUUAAUUGCUGCUGCCAUUAUGCAUGGCAUGUACAAUGAUAGACUGUCAAGUGAAUGAUUAAGGCGGACGGUUGUUUAGAUUUUGACCUGCAGGAGAGGAGGUGCCUCGCCAGUCGACCCCAUGCGGCGAACCCCUGCUAUUAUUGGUGUUCCUCGAAUUGAAUCGUAAACUUAAAUCAUUUCGGGGACACAAAUGGACGGUUAUAAGUAUAGCUCAUUCGUUCUUUUAGUUGCAGCUUCCGUGAUAUACGCCCAAGUCAAAGAGGCAAAAACCGAACACGUCAAAUGCGACAAGAAGGUGGACCUGGCGAUAGUUCUCGAUGCCUCUGCAAGUAUGGGCGAAGACAAUUACAAACUAGCCAAGACUUUGACUAAGGAGAUUAUAAGUCGAUUCACCAUCUCCCCGGACAAGACACGAGUUUCGCUAAACUUCUUUUCAGCGAACCAUGUAAUUAUGUCUAAGCUAAGCGAUAACUUUAGCAUAAGCAAGCUGUUUUCACUGACGGAUCGGAUGAUGUACGAGAAAUCAUUCUCAAUACUUUCUACAUCAUUGGAGACUGUGCACUUCGAGGUGUUGGCCAAGAAAGGUGGAGCAAGACCAAAACAAAAAGGUGUGAAGAUGGCAGUUGUCUUGGUAACCGAUGGAUUUGGCACGUCUGGGUAUGAGGAAAGCAUAGCCCAGGCAAAGAGCUUGCAGAAUUAUCAUGUCGAGAUGUUCACAGUUUAUCCAGAAAAAAGCAGAAUAUAUCGCAAAGUCAUGAAGCACCUCGCUAGCAAACCCGCGAAGAGCCAUCUGUUCAAGUUAACAAAGGACGGGGCUGCGAGGAGAAAAGUAGUGGAACAAAUCGUCAAGCAGAUUUGUUUAAGCAAUAAGUAUACGUUUUGAUUUGCAUCUUCUUCGUUGCACAUGGCUCUCGUCUGGUAGAAAGUAGAAUAGGUAAAAAAACACAGACAUAGAUAGUGUAAUAGUAGAAACUAAAAAAUUCAUUCGGUUGAUUUAGGCAAGCUGUAAGACGUUGAUUUUCAGAUGGUUAUUUUGAGAUUUCUUAUUAGAAUUUGUGUUCCAAUAUUAUUGGUUGAAACGAUAACAAAGGCGUGGCUGACAAGAGCUCUUUAAAAUCAGGCACACAACUACGUA